AUGGCGCGGGUCCCCCUGGGUGCCCUGGAACAGGGGCACCAGGCUGACCUGGGGCAGGCUGUCUCGGGCCUGGCGUUCCCAGCUGGCCUGGAACUGGCAUCAGUAGUCCUGGCUGGCUGGAACCAGCGCCGGGCAGACCUGGCCCUCCAAGCUGUCCCGGGCCUGGCGUUCCCGGCUGGCCUGGAGCCGGCAACUGUAGUCCUGGCUGGCCGGAACCAGCGCAGGGUAGACCCGGCCCUCCAAGCUGGGGUGGUGCCGGUGUCAGUACCGGACCUCGUCCUCUCGCAUUCGGCAUGGAAAAGCUGUCCCAGCUGGGCAGGUCUGGGAACCCCGGAGAUUGGUCUCCCACUCCGUCUGCUGAUCCACCUGCUUCUGCUUUCGGAGGGAAAGAUCUGGAGCCAGGAGCGGCUGCUCCACCGGCUCCAGCAUGUGCGCCACCCGGGCCUGCCACCCAGCUUGGCGUUGGGCAAGUUGCUCAGCCCCCUCCCAACGGCUCUGCUCAUCCUCCUCCUGGAUGUGGAGCUCGGCCUCUGGCCCGGCGAUCAUUUUGGCCUUCUCCCGGGCACUCUGGGCCUCCUCUCGGGCACGCAGGGCCUUUACCUUAACCUCCUCCCAGAGAAGGUGGUGAAGUACCUCUCUGGCACCGGGAAACUUUUGCCGGGCCGGCGUGGGGUCGGGCGGGGUCCGGCGGGCCGGCCGAGCGGCGGCGCUGGGAAGAGGGCGGCCCGGCACCAUGCGGCCGGCGGCCGGCGCCGCGUCGUGGUCCCUGCUGCUGCUGCUGCUGCUGCUGCUGCCGCGGCCGCGUCGGGGUCGGGGUCGGCGCCGGGCGAGAAGGGCCUGUCGGUGCCGGAGCACGGCUUCUGCCAGCCCAUCUCCAUCCCGCUGUGCACCGACAUCGCCUACAACCAGACGAUCCUGCCCAACCUGCUGGGCCACACGAGCCAGGAGGACGCGGGCCUGGAGGUGCACCAGUUCUACCCGCUGGUGAAGGUGCAGUGCUCGCCCGAGCUCAAGUUCUUCCUGUGCUCCAUGUACGCGCCCGUGUGCACCGUGCUGGAGCAGGCCAUCCCGCCGUGCCGCGCCAUCUGCGAGCGCGCGCGCCACGGCUGCGAGGCGCUCAUGAACAAGUUCGGCUUCCAGUGGCCCGAGCGGCUGCGCUGCGAGCACUUCCCGCGCCACGGCGCCGAGCAGAUCUGCGUGGGGCAGAACCACUCCGAGGAGGGCGGCGGGGGGCCGGGGGGCGCGGGGGGGGGCGCGCCCGCCCUGCCGCCCAGCGCCACCCCGCCGCCCGCCGGGGGCGUCCCGGGGGCCACGGCCGGCCCGCCGCGCUACGCGCCCCCCGAGCGCCCCUUCCACUGCCCGCGCGCGCUGCGCGUGCCCGCCUACCUGAACUACCAGUUCCUGGGCGAGCGGGACUGCGCGGCGCCGUGCGAGCCGGCGCGCGCCGAGGGGCGCCUCUUCUUCGGCGCCGAGGAGCUGCGCUUCGCGCGCCUGUGGGUGCUGGUGUGGUCGGUGCUGUGCUGCGCCUCCACCUUCUUCACCGUCACCACCUACCUGGUGGACAUGCAGCGCUUCCGCUACCCGGAGCGGCCCAUCAUCUUCCUGUCGGGCUGCUACACCAUGGUGUCGGUGGCCUACAUCGCCGGCUUCGUGCUGGGCGAGCGGGUGGCGUGCAACGAGCGCUUCCAGGAGGACGGCUUCCGCACGGUGGUGCAGGGCACCAAGAAGGAGGGCUGCACCAUCCUCUUCAUGAUGCUCUACUUCUUCAGCAUGGCCAGCUCCAUCUGGUGGGUGAUCCUCUCGCUCACCUGGUUCCUGGCGGCCGGCAUGAAGUGGGGCCACGAGGCCAUCGAGGCCCACUCGCAGUACUUCCACCUGGCCGCCUGGGCCGUGCCGGCCGUCAAGACCAUCACCAUCCUGGCCCUGGGCCAGAUCGACGGCGACCUGCUCAGCGGCGUCUGCUUCGUGGGCCUCAACAGCCUGGACCCGCUGCGGGGCUUCGUCCUGGCGCCCCUCUUCGUCUACCUCUUCAUCGGCACCUCCUUCCUGCUGGCCGGCUUCGUCUCCCUCUUCCGCAUCCGCACCAUCAUGAAGCACGGCGGCACCAAGACCGAGAAGCUGGAGCGCCUGAUGGUGCGCAUCGGGGUCUUCAGCGUCCUCUACACCGUGCCCGCCACCAUCGUCAUCGCCUGCUACUUCUACGAGCAGGCCUUCCGCCAGCACUGGGAGCGCAGCUGGGUCAGCCAGCACUGCAAGAGCCUGGCCAUCCCCUGCCCGCUCCAGUACACGCCGCGCAUGAGCCCCGACUUCACCGUCUACAUGAUCAAGUACCUCAUGACCCUCAUCGUGGGCAUCACCUCCGGCUUCUGGAUCUGGUCCGGCAAGACCCUCCACUCCUGGAGGAAGUUCUACACCCGCCUCACGAACAGCAAGCACGGCGAGACCACCGUGUGAA